AUGAGGCUGGAGCGAUGGAUGGCGCGACAGCGCCUCCGCCGAGGGCUGCAGACGGCACUUGCCUCGCCCUUCCGCGCGGAGUUUGAUGUGGUCGAUGAUUUCGGCCCGGAACUGUCGCAAUCGUCAGCUAACGCCGUGGAAGGCUGCCCUGAAGUGUCUGGCUGUGCGAGCCGACAGCGAACAAAGAGUUCUUUCUCUGUGCAGUUCAUCAACAGCGGAAAUUUUUCCGACGAGCAACUCGCGAGUUUUAAAGAGAAGCUGCCGAUCCUGCUCGAUGCGCGACGUGGUCUCCUGGCGCAGGAGGCGGAAGAUGAUGAGGAGAUUCUGCAGGAGCACUUUGAGCUCCACAUCCGUCGCAGCAACAUACUCGAGGACAGUUGGGAAGCUUUGCAGGAGGCAGCUUACUUGGAGCUCUUAGCGCCCAAGCUACGGAUAGAGUAUGCAGGCGAGCAGGCUCAAGAUCAAGGUGGAGUCGCGCAGGAUUGGUUCUGUGGCGUAGGUCAUGCACUCGCUGCAGAUGCAGGCAGCGACGAGAGUGCUUCCAUUCUGACAAUGGGCGCCAGCAGCAGGAUGCUGAUCCCACGGCCAGUGCGCAAGGAGGCUGAUGACAGUGCCGAAGGGCGCUACCGCGAUCUUUUCGUUUGUGGUCGCUUCCUUGCUCUGGCAACCCUCCAUGGAGGUCGACCCCUGCCGAUGCCGCUGUCACCGUUCGUUUGCAAAUAUUUGGUUGGAGCUCCUGUGGAGCUCUCCGACAUGAAGCUCCUGGACAGUGAUUUCUAUCGACAGCGGGUGGAGCCGCUGCUGAGCCCGGACGGUCUGGAAGAGGUUGAGGCAGCUCUGGGCGAGCCUUUGACUUUUCUGUCUGUGCCUACGGAGCUCCGACCUGCCGAGGAGCUGGAACCUGGUGGAGCCUGUCGCAAGGUGACAAAGGAGAACCUGCACAGGUAUCUUGUCCUCCUCUGUGAGGCUUUCCUUUGCAGUGAGCUCCGGGAAGAGCUGCAGUGCUUGGUGCAAGGUUUCUGGGAUGUCUUACCGCUGGAAGCCUUGAGAGCAGCACACCUCGAGGCCAGUGACCUCGCCAUCUUGCUUACAGGCUCCUGCGGAGUGGAUGUAGGCGAGUGGCGCCGGUAUAGCGACCAACAGGCAGAUGCAGGCCUUGUGAUCUCCUGGUUCUGGGAGAUCGUGGAAGAGAUGACGGAGGAUCUCCGGCGGCAGCUUUUGCGCUUCGCCACUGGCAGCGCUCGACUGCCGCCAGGCGGCUUUGCAGCCCUGAAGCCGCGCUUCGGAGUGGCAAUAUCUUCCGCGGGCUCGGAAGAGCACCUCCCACACGCGCACACUUGCAUCAACCAGAUUGUGCUGCACAGGUAUUCUUCCAAGGAGAAGUUGCGGUGCAAGCUGAGCAAGGUGCAGCCUCGCAACGGCACUUGCCAAGACGAGGGCGAUACAAACCAGCAGAAAGGAGGGCAGAGCGUUGCUCUGUUUACUUCUCACCGUGGUCGAGGUGAGAGUGGCUUCAACUGCAUGCUCAAGUGCACCAAGGCAGCCGAGCAGGUCGAAGGCACUGAAGGCGUUUGGGAAGCUAUCUGCGGCGACGACACAGGUGUCUGCACGAUUUCCUUCCGAAACAAGGAGGUGGCCGACGUGUGCAAGGUUGGUGCAUCAAUCAGGAUGCAGAACACUUCAGUGAGGAUGGUGAAGGGCUACAUUCGAGUUGUCGUUGACAAGUGGGCUGCUUUCAAGCCCGCGGAUGAGGCCUUGGAGUUCGAGGCAAAAACAGCGAACGAUGUCUCCGGUGUUGAGUAUGAGCUCGUCGAGUCCUGA